GGGAGUGUUUAGUUCUAUACAUAGUUACCUAUUUAUUCCAGUGACCGUUGACAAACAAACACCAGACGGAUGCUCAGAAAUCACCUGCAAUUAGCCGGAAAAGAACCUACCGGAGAGCGCCGGCCGAUUAACUGAACCAAGAUUCCGGCAAAGCUUCUAAAUUUUAAGGCGUUGAAUGACUGAUAUUAGUAUCAGCACAGAAAUGCGAUAGUUCUUCCCUUCACAAUAUGGAAAUUAACGUGGUAACUAUAAUUACUGUAUUUAUCUCGUUAGUUGUGUUUCGCAUUUGUUAUGUCGUCUACUGGAGCAGCAAACCAUUUCGAACUAAGUCUACAAAUUCUCUUAGUACACUGAUCAUCCUGGGCUCAGGGGGUCACACAGCAGAGAUGCUAAAUCUCUUGUCGGUUUUGCAAGAAAACCGACUAUAUCCAAGAUACUACAUUGCUGCUGCCACUGAUACUAUGAGUCUCCAGAAAGCGCGUGUGUUUGAGGACUCUUUAGCUGAUAAGAGGGGAAGUAAGACAGAAGAAACUGCUCAGUUCAUGCGGAUAUAUCGAAGCCGUGAAGUAGGCCAGUCGUAUGUAACUUCUGUUGGAACUACCAUUUAUGCAGUUGCUCAUGCCCUGCUGCUGAUGAUAAAAAUCAAGCCCCAAGUGAUUCUAUGCAAUGGCCCUGGGACUUGUAUACCUUUGUGUGCAAUCGCAUUUUUUUUCAAGGUUCAGGUUAUCAGAAUCAAAUGUGCUGGGAAUAAGGUGGUCAUCUAUCUUCUAUGUGGAGAGCAUAGCACGAGUUAAGAGGUUAUCUUUAAGUGGUAUUAUUCUCUACAAAUUACACAUGGCUGAUCAGUUAUUUGUGCAGUGGCCACGACUGCAAAGAAAGUAUCCACGAACUCAAUAUGUGGGCCGUCUAAUGUAAUUGACUGACCUCGUCAUUCCUACGAUGACCACUUCAUUGUAUGAAACUUUUUGUCUGA